AUGGAGUGCCGUCGGAAGCUCAACGCGGUCUUCAGGCAGGAGCUGGAGGCGAGGAAGAAGGUGGGCAAGGAGUGCGACGAUCUGAUGAGCGGGCUGAUGCACAUGAAGGACGAGCAGGGGAAGAAGCUGGGCGACGAGGAGGUGGUGGACAACAUCGUCUCCCUCGUCAUCGCCGGCUACGAGUCCACUGCCAGCGCCAUCAUGUGGGCUACCUACCACCUCGCGAAAUCCCCCGCCGCCCUCGCGAAGCUCCGAGAGGAGAACAUGGCGCUGAGCGAGAGCAAAGCCGGCUCACCGUUGAUGAUCACCCACGACGACCUCCCGAAGAUGAAGUACACGGCGAAGAUGGAGGAGGAGACGAUCCGGAUGGCCAAUAUCGCGCCAAUGGUGCACCGCGUGGCCAACAAGGACGUGGAGUACGGCGGGUACAUGAUUCAGGCAGGGUGGUCGGUGCUGGUGUGGGUGAGGUCGCUGCACACCGACCCCAGCUUCUACCGGGAUCCCCUCACCUUCAACCCCGAUAGAUGGGAUGAGCCGGCAAAGCCAGGGACGUACCAGGUGUUAGGUGGCGGCUACAGGAUCUGUGCCGGCAACAUGCUCGCUAGGCUGCAGCUUACCAUCAUGUUGCAUCACCUCUCCAUUGGAUACGAAUGGGAGCUGUCGAAUCCGAAUGCGGAGAUCGGUUACCUUCCACACCCAAGGCCGAUGGACGGUGCAACCAUGGCCUUCCGUAAGCUCAAGACCAGCGCAUGA